AUGGGAGCUAUCUGGACUGGGAUUAUGGAGAUUGCAGCUGCAGCAGUUAUUGUGCCUUUGGGUGUUCUCUUCCUCCUCUCUGGCCUUGUUGUCAAUUUCAUUCAGGCAGUAUGUUUUGUGCUUGUAAGGCCAUUCUCAAAGAACACAUACCGGAGGGUAAAUAAAGUGGUGGCGGAACUUUUGUGGCUGGAGCUAGUUUGGCUCGUUGAUUGGUGGGCUGGUGUCAAGAUACAACUGUAUAUGGAUUCAGAAACCUUCAAAUUAAUGGGUAAAGAACAUGCACUCCUCAUGCCGAAUCAUAAAAGUGACAUUGAUUGGCUUGUUGGAUGGGUUUUAGCUCAGAAAUCAGGUUGCCUUGGUAGCUCAUUAGCUGUUAUGAAGAAAUCAUCAAAGCUUCUCCCGGUGAUAGGAUGGUCUAUGUGGUUCUCUGAUUAUCUCUUUCUUGAAAGAAGCUGGGCCAAGGAUGAAAGCACUUUAAAAUUAGGUUUUCAACGGUUAAGGGAUUUUCCUCAACCCUUCUGGUUGGCACUUUUUGUUGAAGGUACCCGCUUCACCGAGGCAAAACUUUUAGCUGCUCAAGAAUACGCAACCUCAACUGGGCUGGUUGUUCCAAGAAAUGUUUUGAUUCCUCGUACAAAGGGUUUUGUAACAGCAGUAAGUCAAAUGCGCUCGUUUGUUCCAGCCAUUUAUGAUGUGACUGUUGCUAUUCCCAAAACUUCGACUGCGCCCACCAUGCUUAGACUCUUUAAAGGGCAAUCGUCUGUGGUUCAUGUGCACCUUAAGAGGCACUUGAUGAAGGAUUUGCCAGAAACUGACGAUGCUGUUGCUCAAUGGUGUAGGGAUGCCUUCGUGGCCAAGGACAAGUUACUGGACAAGCAUAUAGCCGAUAAUUCCUUUGGUGAACAAUUGCAAGAUACGGGCCGCCAACUUAAGUCUCUUUUGGUGGUUAUUUCUUGGGCAAGUUUGCUUACACUCGGGGCCUAUAAAAUUUUCCAAACAUCUUCACUUUUAUCCUCGAGGAAAGGUCUCACUUUUUCAGGAAUCGGAUUGACAAUUGUCACUGUUCUUAUGCAAAUCUUGAUUCAGUUCUCGAAGUCAGAACGUUCAGCCCCUGCCCGGGUCAACCCAUCAAAGCCAAAGAACAAAUUUGCUGUUGUGCAGGUUCAUGUGCACCUUAAGAGGCACUUGAUGAAGGAUUUGCCAGAAACUGACGAUGCUGUUGCUCAAUGGUGUAGGGAUGCCUUCGUGGCCAAGGACAAGUUACUGGACAAGCAUAUAGCCGAUAAUUCCUUUGGUGAACAAUUGCAAGAUACUGGCCGCCAACUUAAGUCUCUUUUGGUGGUUAUUUCUUGGGCAAGUUUGCUUACACUCGGGGCCUAUAAAAUUUUCCAAACAUCUUCACUUUUAUCCUCGUGGAAAGGUCUCACUUUUUCAGGAAUCGGAUUGACAAUUGUCACUGUUCUUAUGCAAAUCUUGAUUCAGUUCUCGAAGUCAGAACGUUCAGCCCCUGCCCGGGUCAACCCAUCAAAGCCAAAGAACAGUGAGUCUUUGGGGGUUCCCAACUAG